AUGACAACUACAUCAGCUGAUGAUAUCUGGUGGCAUUUUAAAUCUUCCGUCAAGGUAGGCCAAACAGAACGCUUUGUCAUCAGUUAUCAGCUAUACGAUGAUGAGGAAGGGCUGCCUCCAGAUUUGUCCUUGAAUUCUUUGUGGUUAAACAUCCAAAACAUCGAGAGUAUCACAUUUAGGGCAGCGUACCUUAUGGGUCCGUAUUUACUUUACUGUGAUGUGCGCACCGGCGAUUACCACCAUUCCCAACGACACUUUGUUUCUGCAGACCAACCACAAUUCGAGCCCAUGCUGCAACCACAGCAAAACUUUUGUGCCGAAUUAUCCCUACACAACCUAAAAAAGAAGUAUGUGUGGAUCGUGGACGUGGCAAGCCAAAUUAUAUUCACCAAUACCAGCCAAGUCGGCUUCGAAAUCACAGUUGGAUCAUCCAAAAAAAGUGUACAAAGCUUUUCCAGUAAUGCAUCAAUGACAGUCUCUCCUUCUUCCAAGCUGAGCGUCACACGUCUCACGUCACUCGAUUUGUGGAAUUUGAAUGAUCAAAUCUCGCCUAAUGUAGCUCAAAAUGAGCACUUGGUUGUGUUGACACAUGGCUUGCAUUCCAAUGUCCCUGCAGAUCUCUUCUAUCUGAAAGAGCAAAUUGAGAAGUGCCAAAAGUACUAUACAAACGAGCAAAUAGUAGUGAAAGGCUACACGGGGAACGUUUGCAAGACAGAAAAAGGUGUUAAAUACCUGGGAACAAGGCUGGCUGAACACAUUGUGAAAGAACUCUAUCACGAGCGCGUUAAGAAAAUAUCGCUGGUUGGUCACUCUUUGGGCGGCCUCGUGCAAACUUUUGCGAUUGCUUAUAUCUCAGUGAACUAUCCUUGGUUUUUCGAGAAAGUCGAGCCUAUUAAUUUCAUAACCCUUGCAUCGCCUCUCUUGGGAAUAGUCACCGACAAUCCCGCCUACGUCAAUCUUCUGCUGACAUUCGGGAUUGUUGGCAAAACCGGGCAGGACUUGGGUCUCAAAGAGCUACACGAAGGCGAUAAGCCACUUUUGUACUUCCUUCCUGGCGAACCAACCAAAGAGAUACUUAAGAGGUUCAAGCGCCGCACUCUUUAUGCGAACGCUCUUAAUGAUGGUAUAGUACCACUUUAUUCUGCAUCUUUAUUGUUCUUGGAUUACCCAGGCAUAUUAGAACAAUUAGAAUUCGACAAGGGUAUUCAACAAAGACUAGGGAUUCCUACCGACUUCAUCAAAAAAAAUUUACUGUCGCCUAUAUACAAAGCGAUCAAUCUUUGGGCUCCGCAAAAGUUUCCUGACGAUGGCUCUUCUAGAAUACCGAAAUCAUCAGUUAUUGAUUCAGCAACGUCGGUUUUGAUGCCACCUCUGCCUGACAAAGAUUAUAUCAUGGAUCCCAGAUUUCGAGACAAUGUUAUUAUCCAUGACAAAAUCUAUUCGGAUGAUGAUCUCCCCGAAAGGGAGUCUGACCACGAGAAAGAGAUGUUAGGCAGCAAUAAUGUCUUACUGCGGACGUUUACCGCUAACUCGGGAAGUCCGACACAAAAUUUAGAAGAGAAGAUUGCAAGACGUUGGCAUGAAGGUUUAAAAUGGAGAAAGGUAGUAGUACGGCUUAAGCCUGACGCCCAUAACAAUAUUGUCGUAAGAAGGAGAUUUUCAAAUGCAUAUGGCUGGCCAGUAAUUGAUCAUUUAACACAAAACCACUUCAAUAGCCUUGAUGGUGACAUCGAGCCGUUUUCUAAUGAUUUAACAGUAACAGAAACCAACAAACGUGCAGCUGAUCACAAGUGGGUAAAUACUGUUGACAAGAGAAGCGUGUUUGAUGUAGGUCCAACAGGCAUGAUAUCUACCGUAACUGACAUUCUGGAUUCAUUAGGCAAAAACAACUUUGUAUUGAAUCACAACUUGAAUGAUACUCGCGGGCGGGAAAGCUCUUUUGAUCAGGAGAAUCUUUUUAAAUAUGACAUUGAAGGUACAGAUCUAACCUAA